AGUUUUUUCUUCCUCGUAUGUCCCCAUCCUCCUCUCUCAGCCACUGCCUGUCUGAUUCUAUCCUACUGUCAAAUAUUUAUAAGAAGUGCUACAGACGGCAUUCUAGCAGGGUGGGGGAGGUGAGAACAGAGCUGGUUUCUUCUGUCCCGUUCACUCUGAUGCUGAAAUGGCGUUGAUCCCAUGCCAGGUAUUGCGGGCCGCCAUCCUACUCUCCUACCUGUCCGUGUUGUGCCACUACAAGGCCAUAGAGAUGCCAGCGCAUCAGACUUAUGGGGGCAGCUGGAAAUUCCUCACAUUCAUUGACCUGGUCAUCCAGGCUGUCUUCUUUGGGAUAUGUGUGCUAUCUGACCUCUCCAGUCUUCUAACAAAGGGAAGUGACAACCAGGAACAAGAAAGGCAGUUAAAGAAGCUGAUCUCCCUGCGGGACUGGGUGAUGGCUGUAUUAGCCUUUCCUGUAGGAGUUUUUGUUGUGACAAUGUUCUGGACCCUAUACAUAUAUGACAGAGAACUUGUGUAUCCAAAGCUGCUGGAUAAUUUCAUCCCUCCAUGGUUAAAUCAUGGAAUGCAUACCACAGUUUUGCCUUUCAUUCUAAUCGAGAUGAGGACUACACAUCAUCACUAUCCAAGUAGGACUUGUGGCAUUGCUACAGUCUGUUCGUUUUCCAUCUGCUAUAUAUUAUGGAUGUGUUGGGUUCACCAUAUUACAGGAAUGUGGGUAUACCCCCUUCUGGAGUACAUCAGUCCAGGGGCAAAAAUAGUCUUCUUUAUCAUAGUGACUGUUAUUAUUAACAUGUUUUAUAUUCUGGGAGAGAAACUGAAUAGCUACAUUUGGGAAGCAGAAAAAAGUGAUGAACUAAGAGAUAAAGGACCAAAGAUGGACUGAAGCAUGUAAUUGUAAACAUAAAGAAACUCUGCUAACCUCAAGAACUUGAAAGGCCAAAAGUGUACAUCUUAUCUAUUACAAAAUUAAGAAGAUUUAUUUUCAAACCGUACUGCUCAGCCCUUUAAUACAAAGAAACAGCAUAGAGAGUAUCACAUCUUAAUGGUGCUGGGUGCUGCUUUAUUUCUUCACCCAUACAACGUUCUGAUGCUAAGACCCCCGACCCAAGGUCUCACAAGCUUUUUAUGUUUUUUUUUUUUUAUAGCCAGGCCUAUGUGUCAGUAAUAAUAACAUGUGGGUUCCUAUUUAUAAAGCUAUGUAAAUGAAAUGCCAAUCAAAUAUAGCACACAUCGGCAUCCGAAUGAUAGACAUUUAAAUCCAUCCAAAGCAUAUUUAGAUAUAUGCAAAGUCCAAUGUAAAACCCAAUGUAAAAAGUAAAGGCCGUUUGAAAUAUGGCAUGUAAAAAUGACUCUUAAUAACAAUAUUUUAUGCAACUACAUAAACUGGAAUUUUCCUGGGACCUUGAUUAUUUAUUGACUUCAAUGGCUUAUUGAGGUUGAAUGUGGUGUAAAAUGGAGAAUAAUGGGGUAAAGUGCAGUGUAAAAUAAAACACUUUGUAAUACCA